AUAAUAUGUACUAAAAAGUCUCUUAUAUCAAAAUCAAAUAUUAACUAUAAAAAUGCUUUCAUCAAGUUAACGUUUAAUGGUUGAAGAAAAUAAAUAACAUAACCUAUACAAAACAAUAGUGGACAUGGAUAUUGUGAAUAAUAAAAAACAUCAGAAUGAUUUGCUCCAACGCGUAGGACAUUCUCAGCAGCGUGUGCUCAUACGUAAUGCACUAUCUAUUCUCUCGCUCAUAUGCAAUGCGAUGUCACAACCUUCAAGCCACAAUACAACGUAAUUGUACGUAUAAAAUGUAUUGAGUGAAUAUGUCUCAAACAAGGCCCUAUAGUACGGAAUGGUGGCCAGCAUAGGCGGGCCGACUGUCUGAGCAUCACGGUAGCAUGCGCAAGCGAUCCCGUGGCGCUCCUCGUUAAGACGGAAAGGGUACCGCUAGUUUUUUGCUGUAUAUGUUCAUUAAUCUGUCAACUUAUAAGCUGUGCAAUAACAAUGGUUUUUAUCGCUGCUGUAGUACUAAUAAUACUGUUUGCUGGUAAAUAUAUUAACAAUGAAUAACAUCAAUUAAGAAGAAAAUAUCAGCUAUAGCAAAUUUUUAAAUGGUACAAAUUAUUCCUGUAUUUUAUAGUAAAAACUACUAAAAUAAAUUUAAUAAUACGAUUAAACAGUUAUUAAGUUUAUUUAUGGAGAAACCUUAUUAAUAGAAUCGGUCAUACAUCAAUUAUUUAAGACUUCAAGUAAUUUUCAAAGAUUUCUUAAAUAUAUUCACAUGUCCAAGCUGGCAAGUCACCGUGGAGGAGUUACCACCUAAAUAAAAAGACAAAUAGAAAAGACGAGAAAAAACAAAUAUAUUUAUAGCUAGUAUUAAAAUAAAAUUUUAAUAUAUAUAUUUGUAGAAUUAAAGAAUUAAGCUAUGCUAUUAAGUCAACAAAAUAAGACAUACUAGGCUCAUGUGAAACUAGAAGAAAAAAGAAACAUCUUAAUGAUUUUGUUUAUAUACUGAGCCAACUAACAUAAUAAUUAUAACAAAAAAAAUCGACAACUACAGGAACUCCCAUUAUAUGAUACAAUGCGAGCUAUCCCUAGACUCAAUACCAAGAAGAAGGUAAAUAAAACUUGUUGAUUACACGAAACGAAAGAAGAAACAAAAGAACGCUAAGCUCUAGAAGAAAAAAUUAACGUCAGAAAAUUAUUCUAAAAUGACGAAAAUAGGCAAUAAUGUAUACACAAAGUUGCGUUAGAACGUGGUUUAGAAUACCCUAUACAAAGAGGAUUAAGACUAGACAGUCAUAUUUUUGGUGGUGGUCGAAUGGCAAAAAUAUGAUUGCUACACGUGGUCAUUCAGAAAAUAGGACGAUGAAAGGAUUGCUUAGCAGCGCAAAAUGGAAAGAAGUGUUUGGCUUAAAGACAUCGAAUAAUAUUAUUAACAUAAGAAUCAAAAGACUCAAUUGGCAUUGGGCAGGACAUGUUUGUAGGAUGACUAUCAAUAGAUGGACAAAACGUUUGACAGAGUGAUUAACGAAGAAGAAGAAAAGAAAGAAGUAACUAAACAAAAAAUGGAGAAAAUUUUUCAGCCAUAGAUGUGGAUCUCAUUGGAUGCAAAGCCACGGGAAAGACAUGUAUGGACAGGUUUAGUCCCACGCAUCAGAGGCGACUUCUACAAACAUUCAUUGAUAUUUAUUUAAACAUCUAAACAAAUACUUAUGUAUUAUAAUUCUUUAUAUCCCUUUACUCAAUAUUAUUACAAUCUAUGAUAAGUAUUCAUGUAAAGAAUAGUUAUAGUAGAAAUAAAGAACUUUUUUAUUUACUUAAAUCUAGUAUUUUACUAAUUAUCGUUUAAAUAUUUUUUUUUAAAUAAUAGAAUCAGUCAUCUAAUUCUUCUGAUCCGGCAAUAGCAAACCAAUGACAGGUUCUCAUUUAUGCCUUGAAUUUCUACUAUCUCUAAGCAAAACGAAUACAUUCUAAAAUAUAGUUACCAAAAUUACAAACUCUCCAACAGCAGGUGAGCAUCUGCUAACAAAUUUGAGCCAAAUACCUCGGAAUCUACGGCCUGAUAAUUUAGCCUACAAGGCUGUAAAUAACUUAAAGCAAUAAUUAUAGAAAAUAAUAAUAUAUACAUUUAUAAUUGAUUAAAAUACGAGUAUAUAGUAACUUAAUAAAUACUUAUAGGAUUCCAAUUAUAAAUACCCUUACACAAUUCCAAUCAAUUUGAAAUAAUAAAACAUUUCCAUAAUAACGUCAGUAAUUGUAUAUUGAAACAAUCAAAAUUAUAGGUUAUCAUAUUCGUAUCGGUUCCAUCAAACCAAUAACAAAAAUGAAUUCGAUGAACGUUAUAUAUUCCGUCACUAUUAGGAAUAGAUCAGUAUAUUUCCAACAUCUAACAUUCCAUAACAUCAUUUCAAGAUGUUCUACAAAAGUGAUUUUGCUGUGCAAUAUUAUGACAAAAAGCUAUUUUUUGUUAAUAGAAACGCAUUUACAGUAACCUCAAAUAAUAAUAAAGAAGAUAAAACUAUAAAUCGAUAUUCCUUAGCGUAUACCAUGAAGUCUCUUUCAUAUUUAUCAUCACUGUUUGGCAUGAGUUAUAUUAAAUAUAGCAAAUACGGUAUCAAAAAAGUUAAUAAAUUUAACAAAAUCUAUUGUUUAAUUAUUAUAAUAUCGUUCAUAACUUGGUAUGUUAUAAAUAAUAUUCAUAUUAUGAAAACAGGGCAACUCGUAGCAGAUUUGCCUUUAAUUAUUAUUACAAAAACUUUUGGAGUGAUGGAAAUUGUAGAAAUUGUACAUAAUACGUUCAUUACAACCUUUAAGAACAGUGCUUAUUUCUUAAGAUUGAUAAAAACAAUUGACAGUAUUGAUGACCAUUUCCAAAGAACUAAAAAACAUUUUAUUAAAAGUCGUAUAUUCGCAAUUGUAAUGACCAUAUUACCCUUUCUAUUUUUUUCUUUAAAAUAUUUGUUAGAAAAUUAUAAGCCAUGGGCCAUAAUGCCCUCCUUUACAUUUACAUUUGAGAUGGUUCAAAGCGUAAAUUGUUUUUUUUACGUAACCGUCAUAUAUUCAAGAUUUUUAAAUUUUAAUUCAAUAUUUUUGAAGAAAGCUGAGGGAAUGUCUUCUUCGAAAAAACUUAUUUUCAAAGAUAAUUUGUAUGCAAAAGUUAUAAAGAAAAUGCUCAGUGAUCCGGUUCAAACCGAAUUCAAUAAUGGCUAUUGUUGGUUUGAACUCAUGCAAAUAUAUGAUAAAAUCUCUGAAUGUAUUUAUCUUUUCAACAAAAUUUACGCGAAUCAGAUAUUGCUUAUGUUCAACACAUGGCUUUUAUCGUCUAUGCUUGUGAUUUGCAGGAUUACAUCUCCAACAUUACAGUACAUUGGCGCAGUUAAAGCGGAUAUAUAUUAUUAUUUUUUCUUAAGCAUUCGACCAAUUUUUGUAACUUUUAUGAGCGAAAAACUUACUGACGAAAGAAGAAAAACGCGAAUGAUAAUCGAACAUAUUUUAAUUUACCAUGAUUUGAAUCCAGAAUACCGCAAACAGAUGGAAAUUAUGAUGGAUUUAUUAGAAACGAGAAAAACUCAUUUGUCAGCAAAUGUAGUUCCGAUUAACUUAGACGCUAUGUUAACAUUCGCGGGCCUUAUUCUUUCUUACGCGGUUGUAUUAAUACAGAUAUUCUACUUAAAAUAAAAAUAAAAUAUUAUGCGUGUU